AUGUUCUAUGAAUUAGUAGUAUGUAUGGUGAUACUAAUGAUAUGGUCCUUGUGGCGUAGUGAGAAGUCAGAUGUUGAUAAUUUGCCCGGGCCUCCUCGAUGGCCCAUUGUCGGGAGUUUGCCCAUAUUCCUCGGACUUAAUGAAAGUGAAAUAUUUACAAUUUUAACGGGUUUCUCGAAGGAAUACGGCCAUCGCGUCAGAUUGAAAAUAUUUAACUCCAAUGUUAUCCAUUUGUAUGAUCCUAAGGAUAUCGAGAUUGUUUUAACAAAUUCGAAGAAUAUAACAAAAAGUAAAGGGUACCUGUUUCUCAAACCCUGGCUUGGGACAGGGUUGCUCAUUAGUACAGGUACAAAGUGGCACAAGCGGCGUAAGAUCCUCACGCCCGCGUUCCACUUCGACAUCCUGAAGAACUUCGCGCGCGUGUUCGAGGAGGAGAGCCGCGCGCUGGUGGGCGACCUGCGCGCGCGCCUGCAGCGCGGCGAACGCACCCUCGACGUCAUGGCUUUUAUCAGCGAUUAUACUCUAUAUGCGAUUUGCGAAACCGCAAUGGGCAUUCGAUUGAAUUCAGAAAUCAGUGCCGCCAAAUCUGAGUACAAGAAGGCCAUUUUAGGCAUCGGACAGGCGAUUUAUCGUCGCUUAACACGAUUCUGGUUGUAUUACGACAUUGUGUUUUAUUUAACACCAACUGGCAGACAGUUUAAGAAACAUUUAGAGCAGAUUUGUUUCUUCACAAAUACUGUAAUUGAGGAGAAAAGAAAGAAGAAAAAUGAAACAGAGUCAUCGGCAACGGGCAAGAGGAGAAUGGCUCUGCUGGAUCUCUUGUUGGACGCAGAGAGCAAAGGGGAAAUAGAUAUGGAAGGGAUAAGAGAUGAAGUGAAUACGUUUAUGUUUGAGGGUCACGAUACAACGGCGCUGGCGUUGACAUUUGGGCUUAUGCUCUUGGCUGAUCAUGAAGAUGUGCAGGAGAAAAUGUUUGAAGAAUGCAAGAUUACGUUUGGAGAUUCGACAAGGACAGCCAACACAUCAGAUCUCGCUGAGAUGAAGUACUUAGAUGCGGUUAUCAAAGAAGUACUAAGGCUUUAUCCCAGCGUGCCGUUAAUUGGGAGAGAGAUUACUGAAGAACUGGUGUUAGAUGAUCUGGUUAUUCCACGAGAUUAUGAAGUGAUCAUACACAUCUAUGAAUUGCAGCGGCGCGGUGACUUGUUCCCGGAUCCUGAAGUGUUCCGCCCGGAACGAUUCCUGAAUGGGGAUAAAACUAACUUCAGCUAUUUACCCUUUAGCGCUGGGCCCAGGAACUGUAUUGGUCAACGGUUUGCAAUGCAAGAAAUGAAAUGCAUGUUAAGUGAAAUAGUUCGCAAUUUUAAAUUGUCACCAAUCGAGAAAGGAUAUCGGCCCAGUAUUAAAGCUGAUUUAGUAUUACGUCCCAAUGAACCUGUAUUGGUGAAGUUUUCUUCGAGAUGA